AUGACGCUGACAGUGUCCAUGGAGGACAUGGACCUGUUCCCAAAAGAUGCACGUCUGAAUACUGAACCACAAUCGACCCAUGUUGACAUUGAUAGCUUCACACAGAUGUGCGCUGCUCUAGAUCGUCUAUGGUGGUCUCGCCUAGUGAUUUCAGUUCGAGGCUAUGUGGUAAACUAUGUACAAAACGAUGACGAAAUACUAUUCCACACAGACGAUGCCUUCAUCAGCAUUCAUCGAUUUCUCGCUGAAGAAGCUGCUGAUAGACGUCUCGGGGAACAGGGAAUAUUUGUAGCCGAUCUCGAUGCGAUCGUCACCUAUCCCUUGCUGAACGAAACACUUCUGGCGUUGACUUCUUCGCGACAAACGAAAAAUCCAUUUUAUGACAAACAAGUGGAGUCGUCAUUCACACGAGUUUUCGGAAAGCCGAAUGACGCGACCUAUCGGGUUGCAAACGGUCAGCCUUGUGGGCCUGUAUGCACGUAG